ACGUGAAUCUGUAAACUCAAAACUCAAACCAACACCAUUGUUUCAUCGUUAUGUAUAACUGUUCUGAUUUCAGAUUUCAGAUUCAUAAUAUUCAUAAUUUUUGUUCCGAAAUAGUAGUCUCUUCCUGAAUCCUUCGCCAAACAAAGCCGAACCUAAAAUCGAAACAAACUCCGUAACCAACUUCCUAUAAUCUGGGCAUGGCGUCGUCCAAGGUGGUUGUUGUUUCAACAAAUCCGGAUCUUACACGUGCCUCUUCUAUAUCAUCCUCUUCCUCUUCUUUUCAUCUCUCUGAUUCUUCGCCUCCCACAAAACCCACCACCAUGGACGAAAUUCUCAAAAACAUUUACCCCGCCGCAAUAGAAGCUGCCAAAAAACACCAACAACAAAAACAAGAACAACAAGAAUAUCACGAACAAGAACAGCCACAACACCUACCGCAUUUCCUCUUCAACAACACAGUCGAUGACGUUUGGACGGAUAUAAUCGCAGGCCCAGGUCCCAGCACAACCCCUUCUUAUCAUCAGUAUCAAUAUCAAUAUCAACAACAGUAUCAACAACAAUAUCAACAUCAACAUCAGUAUCAACAUCCUUCUUCGGAUGAAGGUUUCUCCGCCUGUACCGGCGGCGAUGAUGUUACUCUAGAAGAUUUCUUGGUGAAAGCCGGUGCUCUUCCUUACCCUCAUCUUCGUCAAUAUUCUUCUUCUUCAGACCCUUCUCAUUCUCUUGAUGUUGCUGCUGUGGGAAAACGAAAGGCCGUUGAAGAAACAGUUGAACUUGAUAAAGCUGCUCUUCAGAAACAGAAAAGAAUGAUCAAGAAUCGUGAGUCUGCUGCCAGGUCCAGAGAACGUAAACAGGCUUAUACUAAUGAGCUUGAGAGAGUUGUCAAGCAAUUGGAGACAGAGAAUAAGCAGUUAAUAGAAGAAGAGGAAGAAAGAAAAAAGGAAAGGCUAAAGCAACUGAAAGAGUUGGUCCUUCCAAUUAUGGAGCGGAGACAAAACCGGAGACUGCGGAGAUCGAAUUCAAUAUAAACAUAGUGAAUUGUUUGUCUGAGAUCAGCAGAAGAGACAGUAGGAAUUUUCAGCUAGGUGUGUAGAUAUAAGAGACAGGGUUAGGAUUUUCUUUGUUAGGUUACAGCUGCUGGUUUUUGGAGUUACAUUGUAUAGGGAAAAUACCAGCAGUCAAAUAAUAGAACUUUUUUUAAUUAAUGAUUAUGGCUUAGGGAUAGUUUGAAUUGGUAGCAUUAUUAUUCUUUUAGCAAUCUGGAUGCUAUGGCUUCUGAAAAGGAAUGGCCUAUUUAGACUUUUUUUAUGAACAGGUAAAGGUUAGUAGAAUUUAGAGGAUUUUUAUGUGAGAUGAUUGUUUGCGAAAUAUUUCAUGUAAUAAUAGUUCAUUCUUUU